AUUCAUAGCAAAAAUUCAUAUUACAAGAAACGAAAACAAAAACAAUGUUGCAGCUUCAGUUUUUAUCUUCUCGAACCCUAAACCCUAAGCUAUGCCCAUUUCACUCUUUAUCAAAUUCAAAUUCGAGACCCAACAGUUUUACUUCCAUCUCUUCAACUGAAAAUUUCUUUAACAUAAAAAAGAAGAAACUUUCAGUCAAAUGCCGUCAAUCAGAGUACUAUGAGCAAAAGAGUUUUCCCAACCCUCCCAACAAUUCUUCUUUUGCUUCACAAUCUUCUACUGAAGUAUCAGUUGGAGCAUUGCAAGCGAAAGUUUAUGUGGGUCAUUCAAUAUACAAAGGGAAGGCAGCUCUUACAGUGGAACCUAAAGCACCGGAAUUUGUGUCUUUAGAUUCAGGGGCAUCUAAAUUAUCCAAGGAUGGUUAUGUGCUGCUACAGUUUGCUCCUGCGGCCGGUGUUCGGCAAUAUGAUUGGAGUAGAAAGCAGGUAUUCUCACUAUCAGUGACAGAAAUUGGAACUUUGGUUGGCCUUGGUGCAAGAGAAUCGUGUGAAUUUUUCCAUGAUCCCUUCAAAGGAAGAAGUGAGGAAGGCAAGGUUAGGAAGGUGUUGAAGGUGGAGCCGCUUCCUGAUGGAUCUGGCCAUUUCUUUAACCUAAGUGUUCAAAACAAACUUAUCAAUCUGGAUGAGAGCAUUUACAUUCCUGUUACAAGAGCAGAGUACACGGUCCUUGUCUCAGCAUUCAAUUAUAUCUUGCCAUACCUUCUAGGUUGGCAUGCCUAUGCAAACUCAAUAAAACCAGAUGAUAGCAUCCGUGCAAAUAAUGCAAAUCCCAGAUAUGGAGGAGACUAUGAAUGGAACCGGUAACGGGCAGGGCAGGGCAGGGCAAUGCGGGGGACCUUAUAUUCUUGGUGCAAGAAUAUAUCCAUUUGACCUUGUUAGCCAUUCUUUAAUGUGUAUGGGUUGUUGCUGGAUAAAUCCUCGUGAAAAUUUUGGGUUUGUCCUGCAGUUUCUUGAGGCGAAGAGGCUUAUUGAUGAUCUUUGGUUCUGUAAUGAUACUAUAUAUUAACAGUUGACAAGUUAGCUAGUUAAUAGUUACAAAUGGCCUUAUGUAAGAUUAGUUUAUGAUUGGGUUUUUAUUUUCCAGUAUGGACCAAAAAAAAAAAAGA